CACAAUUAGAAGGGAUCUGCUCAGGUGUUGCAUCAAGCAGAUUUACGAAUUUGAAGCCCUCCCAUAUAUAAUAAACUUCAUUUCCCUCUCUUUCAUCAUCCAGCUUAGAUGUAUUAUGCCUACCUCUUCGCUUCUUUACCCGCUACACAUUUUCUUUCCCCUUAACUCAUAAUACCAUAUACGAUGCUUGCUCCUUGUUACUCUUUUGAUGAUUGCGUUACGUCAGCCAAGGCCCACCCCAACCAGGCGGUAGACUAUUUCUCCUCCACCUUAUCCGACCACCAGUACUUCAAGGGCUGGCAACAAGUCAGAUCCAAGUGCCCAGAGGUCAAGCAAUCCUUGCGUCAUACUUUACCAUCUACCUGCAUUGAAAGAUUGGAAAAUGUCAUCUGGCGCAAGUGGUACAAGGUUAAGAACCAGUCUGGAGAGUUGAACCCGGAAGAGAUUAACUGGUUCAAGGAGAACGAUAUCACUUGCUUGUACGGUCCUUUGUUUGCCCACAAGGAAAUCUCUCCUCCCGCCAGAUCCUCCUCCAGCGUUUCUCCACUAGCCAUCCCGUCUCACAUCAGAAGAUCCGAGUCGACCGAUUCUUUGGAUUCUUUCUCGUCUUAUGAGUCUGAACACAUGAUGGAGAUACACUCCAGAACUUCCUCCGCCUCCUCCUGCUCGCCUCCAGUCUCUGAUGAGUUCAUAGCUUACCAAAAGAACAUUCUUUACGACAAGCCACGUUCAAUCUUGAAGCAGGACUACUCGGAUUUGCCACACUACAACCACGUUCCCUAUGCUGUCUCUUGCAAGAGAAUGGCAGAGACUCCGGUUGCCCAGAAGAUGCAAAGAAGAAGAAUCCAGUUCAAUCACGUCGUGAGCAAGAGAGAGAUCAUUAACACGCAGUUUUACGAUUACUCCUACUUGGACUACGAAUUGUUGCAUUGACCUUGAGCGUUCCGUCCUAUACAUAUCGCAUUCCCAGAUCUAUACUUGCAUAGCACCCUUCCCACACACACUGCAUCACUAUAUUCAUUUCGGUUCCUCUUUGCUUUUGCUGGUCAAAACUUCUUCCUGUUGGUCUCUGUUUUUAUUAGAUCUAGACCUUUCCCACUCAUGUUCUAUCACUCCUGGUUCAUAUCUCGGCUACCCUUCCUAAUUUAUGGUAAUCUAUCGUUUAAUCCACCGUGUA